CGCCCGCACACCGACGCAAAUUAACGCCAGCCAAAAUGUACGGAUUCGUGAACUACGCGCUUGAGCUACUAGUUUUAAAAAACUUCGGUCUAAAUAUAUGGGAACAAAUAAAGAAAAAGGCGCAGGUAAAUAUGGAAGGCCAAUUUUUAGUACGCCAGAUCUACGAAGAUGACAUUACGUACAAUCUGAUAGAAGCCGCUGUGGAUAUACUGAACAUACCUGCCGGCGACAUUCUGGAACUGUUCGGCAAAACGUUCUUCGAGUUUUGCCAAGACUCGGGCUACGACAAGAUACUGCAGGUGCUGGGCGCAACGCCGCGCGAUUUUCUCCAAAAUCUGGACGCACUGCACGACCAUCUCGGCACACUCUAUCCCGGCAUGCGGGCACCGUCGUUCCGCUGCACGGAAACGAACGGGCAGCUCGUGCUGCACUACUAUUCCGAACGUCCGGGGCUAGAACACAUCGUGAUCGGUAUCGUCAAAGCGGUCGCUUCGAAGCUGCACGGUGUCGACGUGGAGAUCAAAAUCAUACGCCGCAAGGGUGACCCGAUCGAGGUGGAACAGAGCAAACCGGCUGCUGGGCCGGCCGCGUGCCCGGCGAAACCACGACACUCGCUACCGGUGCUGACACCGGUCAAACCAGUUCCUAUAACGUCCCACGAUCCGGCCGUGCCGGAACUAGAAACCCUAGGACUGUGCAAGCGAAUUCUAGCCUCCAAAACGUACGGUGAAUCUUAUUUUUCGAAUAGACUUAAUAAUCUAGCCACCUCCAAGAGCAACUCCGCGCUCAAGCAACCUACCGAAACGGCGUCCAGCAAUGGCAAUAAACUUAGCAUAAGCAGUAGUCAAAAUGGAAGCAAUAGCAUACCGCUCUGCGGUGAGGUUAGCAAAGCUAGUAAAGACACCAAUACCAAUUGUGAUAGCAGCCAAACGCACGGUGACGACUGGAAGAAGUCGAACAAGGGUGCGGGCGCGGCCAUCGAGCGAUCGGACCACUUUCAAUUUCUAAUAACGGAGAUCUCGGGCCCGAAGACGCCGACGCGCCGUUCGGACGAGAAGGAUCAGCAAGCGGUGUGCCAGCUGGUGGCAAAAGAACCAAUGAUCUCGCCGAUGACGUUUUGCAAAAUCUUUCCAUUCCACCUGAUGUUCGACCGUAACAUGCACAUUGUGCAGGCAGGACGAUCGGUUUCAAGAGUUAUUCCAAGAAUCUACGAAAAGAAUUGUCCCCUGCUAGCGUUGUUCGAAGCAGUACGGCCCCAUCUGCAGCUGAGCUUUGAAAAUAUUCUGGCCCAUAUUAACACAAUCUACGUUCUAAAGACGAAAUCAGGAGUUAUGUCCAAAAGCGAGAGAUAUCUAAGACUGAAGGGACAAAUGAUGUACAUUCCGGGAUCUGAUCUGAUACUGUUCCAAUGUUACCCUAGCGUAAUGAAUCUCGACGAUUUAACUAAAAAGGGUCUUCACAUCUCCGACAUUCCACUACACGAUGCCUCGCGUGAUCUGGUGCUGUUGAGUGAGAAAUUUGAAGCGGAGUACAAGCUCACCACCAACCUGGAAAUACUGACCGACCGGCUGCAGCAGACGUACCGGGAUCUGGAGAGCGAGAAGCAGAAGACGGACCGGCUGCUUUACUCCGUCCUGCCGAAGACGGUCGCGAACGAGCUGCGGCACCAGCGUCCGGUCGCACCGAAACGGUACGACUCGGUAACACUCAUGUUUUCCGGCAUCGUCGGGUUCGGCCAGUACUGUGCAGCAAACACGGAUGCCGAGGGUGCGAUGAAGAUAGUGAAGAUGCUGAACGAGCUGUACACGAUCUUCGAUGAGCUGACGGACUCGAAGAGUAACUCGAACAUCUACAAGGUGGAAACGGUCGGUGACAAGUACAUGGCCGUGUCCGGGUUGCCGGACGAGUGUGAGAACCAUGCCAAGUGUAUUGCACGCCUGGCACUGGACAUGCUGGAUAUGGCGAAGAACGUCAUGAUGGGCACGGAAGCGAUGAAAAUCACCAUCGGCAUUCAUUCAGGUGAGGUAGUGACCGGUGUCAUCGGUAAUCGGAUGCCUCGCUACUGUCUGUUUGGCAACACUGUUAAUCUAACCAGCCGAACGGAAACGACGGGCGUCCCUGGGCACAUCAACAUCAGCGAAACCACGUACAAGCUGCUAUGCGAACCGGUCAAUCAUGAUCCAUCGUUUAAUCUGGAGUACCGUGGGCCAGUGGUGAUGAAGGGCAAACCGGAACCGAUGGACUGCUGGUUUUUAACACGCAAAGGGAUACCAGCAACGAAAUAA